AAUAAUGCAUCUCCGUCGUUUUUCCGCCCGAUUCCCCGCCCCCUCAUUGCCACAUUCACACCCCCACGAGUUCCACACCCUCCUCACCUCCCCGGCGAAGCAGAGAAUCCUCCCUCUCGCCGACUUCCUCGAACACUUACAGACAGUGAAGUAGAACUACUGCCUGCUCGCUUGCAGUAGCUGCAGCUGCAGUGGUGGUCGUGGCAUGGCUUCUUCCCUCGCGCCCGCGUCGUGCGCGCUGCCCCUGCAUCCGAGGGUGGCCACGGCGGCUGCCGCGGCGGCAGGCCCCUCCUGCCGCGUGCUGCUCGCCUUCACGGCGCCCCGCUCGGCCGCGUCGGUGCGCCGGGCGGGGAUCCUCGCGCCGCUCCGGUGCUCGCCGCUCGAGGAUCCCGGCGCCACCGGCAGGGAGGAAGGGGGGAAGGAGAAGGGGGGCGUGAGCAAGCGGGUGCACGGGAGGCCCAUGUGGAGGCGGAUCCUGUUCGCCUCCAAGAAGACCCGCAGCAUCAUGAUUCUCAACGCCCUCACCGUCAUCUACGCAAGUGAUAUUCCAGUUCUGAAAGAGGUUGAAGCCCUCACAGAACCCGCGGUGUUCAACAUGGUGCGCUUCGUAAUCGCAGCCAUCCCCUUCAUACCAUUUGUGAUACGCGCAUUCGGCGAUCGCCGUACACGAAAUGGGGGAUUAGAGCUAGGAGUUUGGGUUAGUCUAGCGUACCUUGCUCAAGCAAUUGGGUUGAUCACAUCUGAAGCUGGGCGAGCAUCCUUCAUUGCAGCCUUCACAGUGAUAGUUGUGCCUCUGAUUGAUGGCAUUUUUGGCGCCUCGAUACCCAUGCUGACUUGGUUCGGGGCCAUAGUAUCAGUUAUAGGGGUUGGCCUGCUAGAAUGUGGUGGCUCUCCUCCUUGUGUUGGUGACGUGCUGAAUUUCUUGAGUGCGGUAUUUUUCGGGAUCCAUAUGCUUAGAACGGAGCAAAUAUCAAGAAGUACAGACAAGAAGAAGUUCAUGGCUCUUCUUAGCUUUGAGGUCCUUGUUGUGGCUUUAACCUCGAUAAUCUGGUUUUUGCUCAAAGAUGCCUUCGUUGAGGUCCACGAUUCCAGCUUUGAAUCAUGGACGUUUGGUACGCUUUGGGAUUCGGCGGCUUCUUUUCCUUGGAUACCAGCACUGUACACCGGAGUCUUUUCAACGGGGUUAUGUAUGUGGGCAGAGAUGGUAGCGAUGGCCCAUGUUUCAGCAACUGAAACUGCAAUCGUUUAUGGACUAGAACCGGUAUGGGGAGCUACAUUCGCUUGGUUCCUCUUAGGUGAAAGAUGGGACAAUGCUGCAUGGAUUGGAGCUGCCCUUGUACUAUGUGGAAGCCUUACUGUACAGCUAUUCGGGUCAGCUCCCGAAAAAUCCCAGAAAGUUGAAUCGCGCAGUGGGAAUACAUUUGAAUCCCCACUGAAACGGCAGGAGCGCUUGUCCCUAUCUGCUAUCCCCGUCGAUUCCAGGAAGAACAUAGGGAGCCAAUUAGAGAGGAAGGAUAAAACAUUGUAGCCCAAGGUCAAGGGAGUAACGCAUCCUCCAAAGACAGGGUCAAGAACUCAAGAUCGCAACUGUAUGUAAACCAAAACAAGCGGCCUUAUAUCUGACACUUGCUUUGGUUCAUUAAGUAGAUGCAAGUGCAACCGGCGUUUGCUCUACAGAGAAAGGUUGCUAUUCCCAUGAUCUCGGAGGUUAGUUGCCAUUUAGGGUAUCGACUGGACUAACUAGUGACUAGAGAUAAUCUAGUGCCCAGUAUAUAUUAGAAAAUGUGGCAUUGUCUUUCCCCUUUUUGAAAAAAAAUAUAUUAGAAAAUGUGGCAUUGCUGGCUAGAAACUCUUGUGCAUGCUACAGCAGCCGGUGUAAAGUGGCAACUGCAGUUGGGAACAUUGUGUGUAGAUUCCAUGUAAAUAUAUUUAACAUACGUAGCAAGGAUGAUAGUAAAUGAUAACGCCAUUGUUGUCAAUAUUGUAAGUCUGUUGGUAGGGUUACUAGUUUAAACCAUGUAAAUAGAAUCUUAGACAGUCGAUGACGAUCUGCUUUUAUGUUCCAUUUUGUAAUUAUGUAGUGCUGAAAUCAUCAUACCUUAUAUGAGUA